GCCGGGGGUGGCCCCUUGGCCCCCUUUUGAGGCCUUCCCUCUCCGGCAGACGCCUCAAAAAGGGGUCCAGGGCGCCCGGCCCCCCCCCCGCUAGGGGGGGCCGUCGCCCUGAGCCAGGGGGGGGGCGUCGCCCUGCGCCGUGGCGGGUACUUAUUUAGAUAUAUUCAUGUUUAUCUUUAUGUUUUAUCAACAACGUCAACCUCAAGUUGUAUCCUUGUAAAUUGUAAGUAAGCCCAAAGUAAGCAGGAACAAGAAGUGCACUACCGCGUCCGGCUCCAGGUCCAGCAGCGGUUGAUUUAUAACUUGUUACACAAGUUAAAGUUCCGGCACAAAGCCUUCCAGGUGGAUAAAGAUAUCGAGAAACAAGAUGUAUACGGAGUUAGAGAAUCAAUGCUAUAUCCGAACCAGCAGAUCUUUGGUUGGAGAAUGAUCGACCUCGAGUGCAUUCCUCUUUGUUUACAUCAUUCACCCAACCAGAAGUCGCAGAAGCGCUUACUAGUACUACUAUCUAGCUUCAUGCGGCUGCUGGUAGCUUCUAGAUGUACCGUCAUCCACGAUCAUCUGCUAUCAGACUUGGUAUCUUCUUGUCUUGUUCUCAAACCAGGGGCUUCGCCAGGGCCCAGGACACAACAAACACUUACUACUCAGCCACAACAUAUCAUGAAUGUAAAUAUGUGCUUCUUGUAAUCUUUCCUCUUUUCAAAUCGGAAAACAGGUGGGAGGCCUCACCCACGUUGCUUCUUGUUAAAUCUUUGAUGAUUCAUCAGGAAUGCAUCGCAUAGUCUAGUAGGGGCUGGUAUGCUGGCCAGUGAUAGACUCAAUGGAAUGGAAAAACAAGAAGGCUGAACUCACGUCAGCACAUGAUCAACAAAGUAGGACAAGGACGUACACCUCUAGCUGCAAAGAAAGCUGACAGGGGACAUUAUUUUGCUGCAAAUCGGAACAGAUGAAGGUGGAAGCAAG